GCGAUUAAUCUCGAGAUUCAAGAAACCCCGUCUGCACCAUCCCACGAGGAGCUAUAUCUGCUCGAGCGAGGCAACAAGCCCGAUAUUCCGGGCAUGCGCACUUUCGGAUCUUGGAGUUUCAACGGCCCGCGCUUUUGAAUAACUUCCCGCGAUAUGCAAGCAAUGAACUCCUUUCACUAGUACUUUCGCCGAAUUCAACCGGUGUUAUGCAACAAUCCUUUCAGCUCAGCGAGUGAAGAAGUGAUGUAUUCUUCGUGAAAUAUGAUGGCGGAGUAGGAGGCAACGACAGAGAGAGAGAGAGAGAGGGAGAAGGAGGAAAGAAAUGCUAUUUGCUCACAUUUUGCGAAGGAAUAAGACAACACUGCUGUCAGUGUUGUUAUUGAAUAUGACCAUCGUCGAUGCGAUGAGCGCCUCCCCCUUCGGUCUGGUCUCUCCCGGGGUCUCUCCCAAAAUCCAUUCACUGGUGGGGACACCAUCGUUGCUUAUGAACGCUAUUCGCAUGUAUAAAGUUGACUUUCGCACGUGUUUAUGUUUUGACCAAGGCGGAAGUGGAACGCGAAUUGCAUUAUGGACUGACGUCAUGAAUAAAUUACCCCGAGUCCAAUCUCGAGUGCGUCUGCACCGACGAAUUAGCGGGAUAAUUCGUAAAAUAGCGCGCUAUUUUGCAAAUAAACCCGAGUUGACUUGGGAUUGCAAUCUCGAGAUUAAUCCUACGAACUAGCGCGAUAAUUGCGUCUGCACCGCCAACUAUCUCGAGAUUUUUCAGAUCGGGAUAAUUUGCCGGAUCAGAAAUAGCGCGCUAAUUUGAAACUUCGGGAUGGUGCAGACGGCCCUAUUGUUUUCUUUUGAUGACAUGACAGCAACCUUAUGUUUGGUCAUGUGAUGCUAUAUUGUCCAAUCACUGAAUAGGAUAAAGUAUAUGAAAUAAGACACAAUCAUGUCUAUUCCUUUGGGAUGAAAGAAUAAUUGUAUUUUCUCAUAAACCUCAUUAAUGGAGGUGGUGUCAAUUUGCAAUAUAAUUGAUAUUGAACGUCUUGGAAGUCUUUACAUGAGGUAACAUCCCUUCACAACAUUUAAAAAUCAUGAAGAUUUUGGCAUAUAACAGCUAACCACUUAUUGAUUAAUGAACGUGCAUGUAUGUGCGCUUUAGCAUCAAUUUUCAAUUUAAAUGGUUUUUUAAAAAGUUCAUCAUGUUUGUGCUGACUUUUAUUGAAUUUACCGGUAAACCAAGUUCAUCGAGAUGCCCCCUUAGAAAUGACCACAUACCUCAUUUUUACUGAAAUACUAACAAUUUUUAGGAGAUUGUUGCAGGAUAUGACAUGCUAUAUAUUUAUUAUGUAGAAAGGCCUUCAGGUUUGAAUAAAGAGCUAGGCUUUCUAAACAUUCCUUUUCUCUUUUGACAUUAUAGUCACAGAUCCUCUGUACAUUCACCUUGUGGAAUUGUGGAGGUUGGUCUUGUGAAUACUUUUGAAAUAAAAGAAGCCCUGUGUGGGGUUCUGACAAUUAUGAUCUCAUGCUCUACAUUGAGAAGUCUUUGAGCUUUAAGGAAGAGGAGGCUCGAAUGAAAAUUCUUGCCUGUCCCUUUUAGAUGAAAGAAGACGCUCACAUUUGGAAAUUAUCUGAAAUUUCAUAUAUGAAGGUUAAGAAUUGUAAGCUGUGAAGUAGAGGCACUAGAUUUCCUCUGAGUUCCUACUUUCUCCUGUUUGAUAUCACAAAAAACAUUCUUCAUUUGUAUUUUAUCGACUUCAGGUUAGUCUUGCCUAUGCCUUCGAGAUGAAAGAAGCCCUGUGUUUGGUCCUGACGAUUAUGAACGGAGGUGAUCUUAAGUUCCACAUACACAACAUGGGCAGUCCUGGGUUUGAGGAGGAGAGGGGUAGGUUCUACGCGGCUGAGAUCCUCUGUGGUCUUGAGGACCUUCAUCGAUUAAGGAUCGUCUACAGGGACAUGAAACCUGAGAACAUCCUUCUCGAUGAUGAUGGUCAUGUACGUAUCUCUGAUUUGGGUCUGGCAGUGGAGAUACCAGAGAAUGAUACCAUUAGGGGUAGAGUGGGGACAGUUGGCUACAUGGCUCCGGAGGUGGUGAGGAAUGAGAGGUAUACAUUCAGUCCUGACUACUGGGGACUAGGAUGUCUGAUCUAUGAGAUGAUUGAAGGAAGAGCUCCAUUCCGAGCAAGGAAGGAGAAGGUGAAGAGAGAGGAGGUUGAUAGAAGAGUGAAAGAAGAUGAUGAAAAAUACAGUCAGAAGUUCAGCACAGAUGCACAGGAUAUUUGUAAAAAGUUGUUACAGAAAGACCCAUCAUUAAGAAUGGGCUUUGAGAACGGAUCAGCACAGACUGUCAAGGAUCAUCCUUUCUUCAACUCAAUUAGCUUCAGCAGGCUUGAAGCUGGAAUACUAGCUCCGCCCUUUGAACCAGAUAAGAGAGCUGUAUACGCAAAAGAUGUGCUGGACAUAGAACAGUUCUCAACAGUCAAAGGAGUAAACUUGGACCAAAAUGAUGACAGAUUCUACACCAAAUUCAACUCGGGUAGUGUAGCCAUUCCAUGGCAAAAGGAGAUGAUAGAAACUAGUGUAUUUACAGAGCUCAAUGUGUUUGGGCCUAAUGGCACCCCUACAGCUGACUUGAUGCCUGAUCUACCACCACCACCACCUAAACAAGGCUUCUUCAAGAGGAUAUUUAGGAUUAAGAGCAGCGAUGACCGACAAUGACACCUUGCCAAACAACCCUCCUGAGCAAGCGAGGGCGUUCUCAUAUUUCUAAACAACUGGCCGGCUCAGCUCUCGACUCAACUGGAUUGAAGUAAGCGGGACCAUGCUGCUUUUUAACAUUACCUUAUGAACACAACACAGGGCUGUCAACACUGCCACUGCUCUUGAACGUCUUGUGAACUUGACUUUGUAGGAUGUACAGCGCUCUAUGUGUUUCCUGACUUCGCUAAAAUUGCAUUCUUCUGAGAUGUCCUCUACGAUGCUGUUUGCUUCGCUUUUCUGAAAAGAAAUCUUUGUUAGUGCAAAUCACGACUACACAUCGCUUGAUUACACUUGAUUGUAAGUUUUGAAAUAGUCAUUGGAUGGCUGACACAGCAGAUAAUUUCACAUGCCAAGCACAAUGAUGCAUUGAAGUCAAAGACACGUUAGCAAGCAAAAAUGUAUGGUAUAUUUCACAAAAAAGAAGUUUCUAGCUCUACAGCUUUGUUCACACAUGACAAAUAAAUCCCUUGGGGUCUUUUCCUACUUUAGUGUGUAUUAGAGUAAAAUCGUCAAUAGAAAGAAACAAUGAACAUAAGAUGUUCAUAAUAUUGAUCAAUUGACUCUGGUAUUCAAACGAAAAAUUGGUGUAGGAGCAUUUUUGUAAAAAUACAAAUCUAUCUGUGUUCUGAAAUGCAAAACUGUGAAGGGUACAAGAAAUGUACAAGCCUGAUUCAAAAUACAAAACAUGCCUAUUUCAUAUGUGAACCAGAUCACUCAAAUAGUCAAAUAAGUGAGCUCAUCAUGUAAAAAUGAGUGGCUUCCUAGGAGAAUCCUAAAAGAUUUCUUGAUAUUGAAUGCUCACAGUGAAAAAGUUGUUGAGUAUAUAGAACCAAAAUCCAAUCCCACGAUGAUAAAUCCUCGUGUAGCACAUGGAAAACAUGCGGUGAAAUGAAGGAUUCCAGCUCUUCGCGCAUUGUCUCAGGAGAAAGGGGCUGUGCAUCAAAGUGCUUAAAGUACACCACCAAAGAGCGUCAGUGGGAACAGCCUUGCUGAGAACUUUUUUGUUUUGUAGAUGACUACUGUCAGGGAUUUGACGUGAACUCUUACCUCGCGUUUCAAUAUAGAUUCCUUCAAUUAUGUUUUUUUUCUGAGGCUCUGUAAAUACAAAGACCAGUAUAUCAUACCUUCUUCUAGUAUAUCUGCUCAGUGUAUGCUUUUAAUGGUAGCCAAAUCUUUUUUUGAAUGAAGGAAUAUGGUGGUUUACAUGUCCUUUGGUUUUCUCUUAAAUUGCUCCACCUAUUACUAUUGCUGCAAGUAUGUUGCAUAUUGGUCUUGUCUGUCUGUCUGUAGAUAAGUACUUUGCUAAAAAAAAAGUGAAAUAUCAUAGAUUUUGAAAUAGAUUGAUAAAUCACACAUAAUAAAACCUACGUUAUUGAACUUUGAAAGAUCAUUUUCUUUGAUGAAGUAAUUUCUGGAAGCUCUAGGUUUUCUCAAUCACAACCCUUGAAUUAUCUCACCCUUUGAUUUAAAACAAAUGUUUUCUUUGAAAACUAUACCUGUAUUUUUUAACAUAUUAAAUGGGUUAAGUGACCCAACUCUUAUGGCAUACAUCUAUAAAUUGAAUUUAGACAAGGUCUUGCAAAUCUUAUGAAUGGAAUUGUUGGUAAACCUAUAUUUGAAUAGGAUUGUGUUUUGAGUGUGUCUUGUGAGUUACAGUGGACCAAAGUAUUCACUCCCGGUGAGUAGAAACAAUUCUUUCUCUUGCCUAAGAUUCCUCAUGUAUUGAUACCAUUUUUUGUUUUUAAAUGUAGACUUAUUGAACCCAGCAUGUCAAUACAUUAUCUGUUUACUGUAAAUUCCUUUCCCAGUGAUGUGUAGACUAUUCAAGCCCGAGUCCUAUUGCCUAAUACUCAAUAUUGAUGGAAGCAUUGCUAUUGAUAAUAACACCCAUGGAAACCUUUGAUAAUGAGUUUUAUUUGAUGGGAGCUCGGCUUGUAAAAUCUAGUUCUUUUAUUCAAGGUUCCUAGUUCGUUAUGUCUUUGGACUGCUGAGAAUAAGAAUGGCAACGUUGAUUGAUCGCAAGUGUCAGACUAUGGAGGGCACUUGUCAAGAAAGGUGCAAUGUUUCACUAGGUCAGUGCAUGGAUAGAACACAAAUUUUGGAGAAAAAAAUAUUCACUUUUUAAGGUCUAUAUGCAUUAAGAGACACCCUAAAGUCAUUACAAGUACAGGGAAGUGAUUCUUUGCUUAUGAUUGCUGAGACUUUGUGAGGGUUUCGUUAAUUUGAGAGUUAAAAUUUAAUUCCCAUGCAUUGAUUCCAUGAGUCUGUCUUCAUCAUUUAUGAUUCAUUGCACCUGUGUAACCAGUCCCAAGGUUAUGUCUGACUUUAUAUAUUGACAUUUUUAAGUGCCCUGUGUUACAAAAAUGAAAUACAAUCAAUCUUAUAAUCAAUUUUAGCUCUUUGUUACAUGAAUUGACAUAGACGAAGAAUUAUAUCAAUCAUAAGAUUAAUUGUAUCUUCUAUGUUAGAGGGCAUGAAUUUCCUUUUCUAUAAAUGAAAUCAUUGAUUGGAAUACUGACUAUGCCAUCAUUCUUUUUGAUACUUGAAACAGUUGUUUGACAAUAUUUGCUUUUAUUAGGUAAGAGAGAAACAAAAUAAAUCUUCAGAUCUACUCUACAAGAAACCCAAUCUCUCUUGGUAUUCUGCCAAUUAUGUAGUAAAAUUCACAUUUUUUAAUGCUGCACAGACACCAUAUUCUUUGCCAAUGUUCCCUUUGUAAUUGCAAAGUAUGGAAGACACCAUAGGAUUCAGUCUCAAAGACUGACCAAAGUGUGAUAUCUUUAAGAUAAUGAAUGUUUAGUGGUGCUGUAAGAUGAUAUAAUUUCUAAAGAUUCUUGAUUCAAAGUUGCCAGAAUACAAAAAUAGCGUUAGACCUUUGACAGAAGUGCUAUGUGGUAAAGUAAUGUCUUGACUUAAUAGUCGGUUUACUCCUAGUUGUAAAAUCACUUUCUUUUUAGCUUUGUGUGACAGAUAGAUUAAGAGGUUACGGGCUUGUACAAUGAUAACUGGAAAUAUGAACCACCUAGUAAGCUGUUUUGUUGAUUGAGGCUAUGCAUUUAAAAUUUUAAAAGAAAAAAAAAGAAUAAGAUGAUGUGCAAUCGAUUAUUGGGUACUGUUUUAUGAUUGACAAUAACCGGGUGAUUGGGCUGUGAUGUACAUGUAUGUAAUGUUUGCAAGUAAAAUUAUAGAUAAGCACAGUUAUUUUUUUGUUGUGUUAUUUUGUUGUUUUUAAGAGAGUGUCUUUAAUGGUUCUAUCGUCUGGAAGGGCUAAUCCGUAUAUUCUCUCUUUUAAAAAAAGGGAGAAUCCAGACUAUAUCAUGAUUUGCAAAAUGUACUUUUUGAAAAUCUCUGUCGAACAUAUUUGAAUGAACACGGUUUGCUUUGUAUUUGUUGCAGUUAAUGCCUUUUGAUUGUGUAGAACCCAAUAUCCAAAUAAAAAAUGUAUCUUUCCCUUGUCAUGAGAAUAGUUUUCUGAAAGGGAAUAUUUCAUUUUCUAUCUUUCAAUAUUAAGAGGGUUUCUUUGUAAGUGAUCUUUUUCUAGUCUCUCACUUCAUGAACUUGGUACCUUCAUUUCUUACGAUUUGCUUUGAAGUUUAGCUUUCUGUAACUACAUUGAUAAAGACUUGUUAAACCAGGGGUGGUAAUGUAAGGGCUGAUAGGCAGUUUUCAUGUUUCUAAAGAUAACUUUGAAAGAAUGAAGGAAAAAUGAAAAAAAAAAUAUGGAAAAGAAAUUGUAUGGUGGUGAUAAUUCUAUUUCUCAUUUAAAAUAUGAAUAGAUUUCACCUUGUGUCUCCAUUGCUCCGGUGCCCCCUCCCAUAAUUCCUUUGCACCACCCAUACUCACCUGAAUUUUAGUGUCAAAUUAUGGUGCAAAUAUCCAACUGAUUGAAAUGCCUGAAUUUUAAUAAAUAUUUUUGUAUUGAUCCAUAACAUUUUGCUGUAAGGAGAUAGGGAGAUGCCUUCAACUUGUGCAAACAAAUUAUACCAUGUGUAUUGUCACAAAGUUUUGCAUCCAAUUUGAUCAAGCCUUUAUCGUAGUAACAUACUUUAUUGUCCUCCCUCUCCUUAUUUCCCUCACUCAUCAUUCUUACGUUUUUCUGUCUUUCUCUCUCUCCCUCUCCCUUCCCCUCUCUCUCCAUCUAUCUAUGUCUUUCUGUCUUGAUCUCUUACUAGGCUUUCUCCCUCUUUCUUUCUCUUUCUCUCUUUUUUCUUUUAAUUUUCUUUUUUUCCUUUCUUUUUCUCUCCCUCUAUUUCCUGCUUCCCUAUCUCUUAUCCCCUCUCUCUAUUUGUUACCUCCAUCUCCUCCUUAUGCUAAUUCAGCUCCUUCCUUUUCCAUAACCCUCGCCAGUUACA